AUGCAUACAGAUAAAGAAAUGACAGAUCUGGACCACGGGGCGGCCGGGUCCGGCGUCUUUCAGCUGCAGCUGCGGGACUUCGCCAACGAGGGGGGGUUGCUGGCCAGCGGCAGGUCCUGCCAGCCCCACUGCCGGACCUUCUUCCGCGUCUGCCUCAAGCACUUCCAAGCCGUCGUGUCGCCGGGGCCUUGCACCUUCGGGACGGUCUCCACGCCCGUCCUGGGCGUCGACUCUUUCGCCGUGCGGGACGAGAGUCACGGGGGGCGGCGCAACCCGCUGCAGCUGCCUUUCAACUUCACCUGGCCGGGCACCUUCUCGCUCAUCAUCGAGGCCUGGCACGCUCCCGGAGACAACCUGCCGGCAGGGCCCCAGUCCGCAGACGCGCUGAUCAGCAAGAUGGCCAUCCAGCGACCGUUGGCCGUGGGCGAGGACUGGUCCCUGGACGAGCAGAGCGGGCCUCGCACGCGUCUGCGUUACUCCUACCGGGUCAUCUGCAGUGACCACUACUACGGCGACAGCUGCUCGCGCCUCUGCAAACGUCGCGACGACCACUUCGGCCACUACGUCUGUCAGGCGGAUGGCAGCCUCUCCUGCCUGCCCGGCUGGACCGGCGAAUACUGCGACCAGCCCGUCUGCCUGGCGGGCUGCACUGAGCAGACGGGCUACUGCAACAAGCCCGGGGAAUGCCUCUGCCGCCCCGGCUGGCAAGGCCGCCUCUGCGACCGCUGCAUCCCGCACGUGGGCUGCCGACACGGCACCUGCAGCAUCCCGUGGCAGUGCACGUGCGACGAGGGCUGGGGAGGCCUCUUCUGCGACCAAGACCUGAACUACUGCACCCAUCACACCCCGUGCAAGAACGGGGCCACGUGCUCCAACACGGGCCAGGGCAGCUACACGUGCACCUGCCCGCCCGGCUUCACCGGCGUCGACUGCGAGCUGGAGGUCAGCGAGUGCGACAGCAACCCCUGCCGCAACGGAGGCAGCUGCACGGACCUGGAACACGGGUUCCACUGCCUCUGCCCGCCCGGCUACUACGGCCCGCACUGCGAGCUCAGCAGCCUGAGCUGCGCCGACUUUCCGUGCUUCAAUGGCGGCUCCUGCCGGGAGCGGGCGCAGGGGGUGAGCUACUCCUGCGAGUGCCCGCCGGACUUCACCGGCUCCAACUGCGAGAAGAAGGUCGACCGCUGCACCAGCAACCCCUGUGCCAAUGGGGGCCAGUGCCAGGAGUGGAGAGCGAAUCGCCUGUGCCGCUGCCCGCCCGGCUUCGCCGGCGCCCGCUGCGAGAUCAACGUCGACGACUGCGCCCGCGGCCCGUGCGCCCACGGCGGCUCCUGCCGCGACCUGGUCAACGGCUUCGCCUGCGCCUGCCCCCCCGGCUUCUCGGGCCGGCGCUGCGAGCUGCGGGAGCCCGCCGACCCCUGCCUCUCCGGGCCCUGCCAGAACGGAGCCACCUGCUUCCCGGAAGCGUCGCCGAGCGGCUACGUCUGCCACUGCCCCUACGGCUUCAUGGGCCGCCUCUGCGAGUUCCUGGCCUACCGGCAGCCCGCGCCCGCCACCGGCUUCCCCUGGGUGGCCGCCUCCCUGGGCGCCGGGCUGGUGGCCGUCCUGGUCCUGCUGGCCAUGGUGGCCGUGGCCGUGAGGCAGCUGCGGGCCCGGAGGGCCGAGCCCGGCCCCGGCGGCGGCACCAUGAACAACCUGUCGGACUUCCAGAAGGAUAACCUGGUUCCCGCCGGCCAGCUGAAGAACACGAACCAGAAGAAGGAGCUGGAGGUGGACUGCGGCGAGGACAAGUCCUACUGCACCAAGCCGCUCAACGGCAGGCACGACCCCAACCUGGCCCCUGCCGCCCCCACGGCCAAAUACCCGCUCAGCGACAAGGGGCUGGGCGAGAAGGUGCCGCUGAGGAUACCCAGCGACAGGCCCGAGUGUCGGAUAUCAGCGAUAUGCCCCCCGCGGGACUCCAUGUACCAGUCAGUGUGUUUGAUAUCAGAGGAGAGAAACGAGUGUGUCAUCGCCACGGAGGUAUAAGGCGGGAGUUCAGCCUGGAUGUCCGAGCCGGGGCCCGGGGCCGCCGCUCCUGCUGCACUGUUUACACUGGCGCCCUGGACGCAGGGGCGGGGACACUUUCCUUAUGCAACGUGCUGCUCUCAGGAGGAGGAGGAGGGACCGGGACCCUCGGGACGGACGGAUGGACAGACGGACUGGGCUGGGGACUGGAGCGAGAGAGGUGCUACUCCGGCCUCGGGAUGGCCCCCGAAGAGCCGACCGCCCCGUCGGCCCGGUGGGGCCCCCGACCCGGAGAGGAGACGACUGUCACCGCCCGCACCGGUCCAGCCGGCGUCUACGGUGGGGGGCCGGCCGGGACCACCGCCCCCCCCCCCCCCACGGAGGCCGGAGGAAGGUCUGUGGGGAGCGAGGGGCCGUGGCCCCGACGGUCCCACCGACGCCACCGGCCACCGCCUUGGGCCCGCGGCGGAAACCGGGGGAGACGCUAAACGUGACCGACGGGCGGGCUGGGUGCGGCCACAGAGGCCGGCCGGAGAGGCCUGGGAAGGAGGGCGCCCUCGAUGGGGAGGGGCCGGCCAGAGGGAGGAGGGGGACUCCCAAAUUGGCAUGGGCGCAUUUCCCCUGAAGGCAGCGGGAAGAGGGGUGGGGGCGGGGCGGCCGAGCCCCUUCCCCUGCUUGAGGGGGGCAGUCCCUGCCACCCGCCUCCCGUCCCACCCUGGCUUCCGGGGUCCGCUGGCCUCCGGAAAGAUCUGCUGGUCCUGGGUUCCUCCCUGCGAGGACUGCAAUGUUAGUGCAAACUCCAAUGGAGGAGGGGGCUCCGGGAACCAGGGCGCCCUACCCAACCUCCCCGCGCCCCUUCCCCCCGUCGGCCUGGUCCCAAGCCCCCCACCCCAACUCUCCCCCUGUCCACUAUGGGCCUCCCCACCCCUUCCCCCCACCGUCACCUUGAACGCCGACCUUCAACAAUCAAUAAUAUGGAUUUUUAUUGUUCGUGGUAGUUUAUUUUGGAGCCUAGUAUUUCAAUAAUUUAAAGAAUCAGAAGCACUGACCUUUCUACAUUUGAUAACAUUAUUUUGUAUAUAAUGUAUAUUUAUAAUCCCAAA